UACAAGUAUUGGUGCGUUAACAAAAAUUUACACGGACACAUAGUGUUGGUGCGUUAACAAAAAUUAGUUUUACAUCAACACAAAAAAUUGGUGCAAACAUGCGGUGCACAAAAUGAGAUACAAAAGUUUGUGAUAUAAGCUUUAUCCAAUAUUUAAAAAAGGGCCAAAAUUCCAAAUUGGGUUAUGGAAUGGAAAGUUGAAAUGGAUGAGGCAGAUGAAAUAGUGAGGGCGUUGGAAUCUUCCUUGUCCCGUAUCAAAUGGCGCCUCAAGCCCUCCUCCAAGCGUCGCCUUCAAACCGACAUGUUGGCAUUGUGCACUGGGAUGAGGCCGGUUGUGAUGGUGGAUUAUGGCGGAAAGAUGCCGGAACUGCAACAAAAGCUCUGUGCUUUCCUCAAACAAUGCAUAAAUGAGUCUUUGGGAUUUGAAAAUCUUCGGGUAAUGAUUAUUGAAGACAUGAUUUAUUUGGUUCAUCUCAAAACAUUUGAUGAAUAUGUGAAAUCGAGCACCAACUUGGAAUCCGAAUUGCUCUAUAUAGACCUUGAACAAGAUCCUCCAAAGAUGAUAACAAGAACUGAUGAGAAAGCUGCAAUUCACGCGCUCGUACUGGCACAGAAACUAUUUUCAUCGCUUUUUUCGGAAGGCGAAUCAAGUACUAAUUAUUUGGAACAAUGUAGUAGAGAUUCGGCAUUCAAAAACAAGCCAAAUAGUUUGCAGUCCUCCGAGCUUAUUGAUCUCAGUAGCAGCAUUAAAGAAACUGGGGUCACCAUUCCAACACUUAAUGGAUGGCUACUUGGGUAUCCAGUAGUGUACUUAUUUGGGCAGGAUCACAUUGAAGAUGCCAUAUACAACCUCUCCACCAAGUCACUUCAUAUCUUCCAGAUUUUUGCAUCCAGAAAGGGCGCAGGCAAGGAUGAUCGACCUCAGUCUCAAAGCGAAGAAUUACUAAGUUUUUCUGUUCCUUGUGAGCUGAGCUUGGAGGGGAGCGGCGAAAAAUGGGCAAAGGGGUUUUUAGAUCGCAUGCGGGAGAGGCAAACGAAACACGACCGCGUUUGGGCAUCCCUUAGGAUGGAGGUCGUUGGUUGCUAUCCACAGUCUAUUGCAUUCUAGUGUAAACUUUGUGGUUACUUUAAGACCAAAGUGAGAGUGAAAAGCAGGGCAAGUGUGUUUGUGUUUUUGAUACUACUGUCUGGUUUUGGGGGCAAUGAUUGUUUGCAUCCCUUUUACACACGAGUACACUCCCUCUCCUGGUCGUACUGAGUGCUUUAUUAACCACCAUUACAACCUAACCCAUUUCCACGAGUUUGCCCUUUGCAAAUAAGGUAUAGACAUAAAU